AUGAAGGAAAUGAACUUCCCCAAUCAGUUUGUGAGGUGGAUCAUGAUCAUGGUGAGAGGAGUGUCUUACAGAUACCUAAUUAAUGGGCAAGUGAGCAAGAUUCUCCAAGCAAAGAGAGGGCUGAGACAGGGUGACCCUAUCUCACCUCUUCUUUUCACUCUUGUCAUGGAAUACUUACAUAGGCAUCUUGGUACUCUCAAACAGAAUGAUGAAUUCAAAUUCCACCCUAGAUGUGCCAAAUUAGGGAUUACUAAUAUAUGUUUUGCAGAUGAUUUGCUAUUAUUUGCAAGUGGUGAUGUGAAAUCUAUUAGGCACAUGAUGGAUAAGUUCCACCAAUUCUCAGAGGCUACUGGAUUGAGAGCAAAUCCUACUAAAUGCAAAAUUUACUUUGGUGGACUGAAUGAUCAGAGGCAACAGGAAUGUGCUAAUACAACCAGUUUUGGUAUUGGUAAACUACCAUUCAGAUAUUUGGGGGUUCCUUUAUCCACUAAGAAACUCACUAUCAAUCAAUGUCAGCCAAUUAUUGAUAGGAUGCUUGAGAAAAUUCAGCAUUGGUCAGCUAGUAUGCUGAGCUAUGCAGGUAGGAAGCAGCUUGUUAAGAGUACUUUAAUGUCCAUAGCAGGGUACUGGAUGCAAGCUUUCCCUCUCCCAAAGAAAAUUAUUCAGAGAAUUGAAGUGAUUUGUAAAAAUUUUCUUUGGUCUGGCAAAGCUGUGGGGAGAAAAGCCCUUGUGGCUUGGGAUAAAAUCUGUAUGCCCAUUAAUGCUGGUGGUUUAAAUAUGACUUAUCUGAGUGAUUGGAACAAAGCUACAAUCCUGAAAUUGCUUUGGAAUCUUCAUAUGAAAUCUGACAAGCUAUGGAUUCGGUGGAUAGGUGCAUACUACCUUAAAGGUGAGGACAUAAUGCAGUGGGAGCCUAAGACAACUAGCUCUUGGAUGCUCAAGAGUAUAGUGAAGGCUAGAGAGAUUACUAUACAGAGUGACUAUUGGAAGGAUAGUACUCAGCAGCACCAUUUUAAUACUAAUGCCAUGUACAAAGAGCUGCGGGGGAUCUAUACAAAUCAGAGUUGGAGGAAAAUCAUGUUGCAAAACUUUGCAAGACCAAGGGCAUGUUUCAUACUUUGGUUGGCUAUUCUGAAUCGCCUCCCAACCAAGGAUAGACUGAGGAAGAUCAAUAUCCAAACAGAUGGCCUGUGCAGUUUCUGUGAUCAAACUGAAAAUAUCGAGCACUUGUUUUUUCAUUACAGAUUUACUAGUCAGAUUUGGAUGCAAAUCAUGGCAUGGAUUGGGUAUAAUAGAGGCUGUAAAAGCUGGGAGGAGGAAAAGCAAUGGCUCUCUACUGAAACAGCCAAAAAGGGAUGGAAAAGGUGUCUGCUCAGAUUGGCUAUUGCAGAAGUUGUGUACCAUGUGUGGCAGCUUCGGAACGAGAAGAUCUUUGGCCGGAAUCAGUUUACUGGGGAUAUUAUCAUGAAGAUCAAACAUAUGAUAUGUCUUAGAGCUUACUCCAAAAAAGCAUUGAGGAAUCAUGUGAAUUUGGAAACCAUGGCUGUUAGUUGA